CUCCCCGGCGCGCCCCCCGGGGCUCUUCCCAGACGGAAACCUCUGCCCCGCCCCCUCCUGUUCUCCCCGGAGAAGGGAGCCGCGCUGGAGAAAGGGGCUCCGCCAGCCUGGGCCAGCGCUGGGCCUGCUGCUCUGGGGACCGCCGCGCAGUCCCUCCCCGUCUGGGUCUCGGUUUUCUCAGCUGUAAAUGACUCUUCUUUAAGCCUUCUAAAGCCUGUUCCCAUGAGAGAGUUCACUGGACCCCUCAGCGAUCCCCAUAGAGAUGAUUCUUCCCACAUUGUCCAUAGUGGCAAGCAAAUGCCCCCAAAAGCCCCGGAAUGUUCUCUGGCGGGGCUGGCCGAGAAGCCCCUCCCCCCUUCCUUCCUUAGGCUUUCCUCCUUAAGGGGACCCCCGUAUCGGGCAGACCCUGAGAACUGGCCUUCGCUACCUGGGCCCGUUGCCUCUUCUUGAGCUCUGCCGACGUCUGCCCCCAGCUGUCCCUCCAGGGACAGCCACGCUUCCGGGGUCUUCCUCUAGUCCAGGUGCCCCUGAGGUACUGGGGGCUGGCUCCGGCUGGCACAGGCUGUCUGCCGGCGUUGCUCUGGACCCGUCUCCUGGCCCACGGGCCGUUCUGGAAAGGAGCGGCUGCCCCGCGUCCCGUCUGGGGGCCCUCCUCUUGGCACACGGGGUCCCUCCUUUGGUUCUCCCUCCUUGGGCCCCUCCCAUGGGUGAGGCCUCUAGCCAGGAGACUCCAUGCUGCUGCUGCCGCCGCUGCCAUCGAGUUCCUUCUUUUUUCUAUGUUCAUUUAUACCUUCGAGAAACUUGACUAGGUCAAGGUGCAAAGAGUAAUGAAAAAGAGACAGUAUCUGAAAGCACGAAAGUCUUACUCUGUGGGGUCUUUUUUUUGCUUUGCACUGUGUAAUUAAUUAUAGCGGUAACACCACCCCUCGUGGCCACACCUGCCUCCUCUCUACCUUCUUAGAGAGAUUCACUGAGUCGCUCUUCUCGCCUUUCCUCUGUUUUCCGUUACCCCCGGUCCCCCCCAACCUUGUCCCCAGUGGUGAAAAAGAAGCUUUCGGUUUAAGAGACAAGAUCCAUACGAGCUCAUUCUGCGUCGGUCUCACCCUGUAGCUCAUCACCGUCCGCUCUCUUGGCUCCCGUUAGGCUCCUGGUGCCCCGGCCCUUGUUCUUCUGACCCUCGCAGCUGGGAUGCCCGGGAGAAACCCCCUGCCCGGCUUCCGUGGCUCCUUGAAAGCAUGUUCCCGAGGGGGUCGUUGUCACUUUCUUCAUCACCGACUUUUCCUGAAACGACCUCACUCUGCGCAGUAUCUGACUGGGACGUCGGCCCCUUCAGGGCUGGCCGGGCCCGGGAGGACCCAGUCUGACAGGCUGCCCUGCCCCCCCUUCCCUGCCCCUUUGACCACCCUCCUCGAGGGCAGGACUGGGGGGCUCUGGGAGCUCAGCCAGCCUUCCGCCUCCGUGUCAGAGGGGAGGGAGCUGUGCCUGUGGGUCAGGCCACAUCCUUCCGUCCCUUAAAUCACCCCGGGACUCAGGUUUCUCAUCUGUAAAACAAAGUGAGGAAGUAAAGGAGGUGUGCAAAGGCUGGAACGGUGGCAAGGAGCCAGAUUAUACAAGGCUUUGAAUGCCAGGAAGAGGAUUUCCUGUUUGCUCUUGGAUGUGAUAAGGAGACACUAGAAUUCAUCGAGUUAGGGGUGAGGUGGGAAUGACGUAGUAAGAUCUGUGAUUGAGGGAGACCAGUGUGAAAGCGGAGCGGAGUCCGGAAGGGACGGGCCUUGGUCCCAUGUUGGCAGUAGAGGGCCGAGAGGGAGGGAGAUGACGGCUGCUGGGAGCCUGGGUCUUGGACCAUCCUGGACAUGGCAUGGGCGUGGAGGGCAGAGUUUGGGGCUUGGGGAGUCGGGACGCCCAAGGGCUCCUGUUGGAGAUACUUGCAAGUGAAGUCAGGGAGGCGGUCCGGCCGGAAACGGGGGGUCUGAGCGGAUCUGUCUAGGGGAGACAGUGGCGUCCCCGGGAGCCGAUGAGAUGGCCGAGUGAAGUAGUCCAGAGGGAGACCAGCCGUGGUCAGCGGGUGAAAACCUGGCUGGAUCCCCAGCUCUGACAGGCAGGAGAACUACGAGCGAGAAGGGCCUGAGAACCUGGGGAGAGAGUGACCCAAAGGUCCCAGGCCGCAGGGAGGCCGAGGAGGAGGAGGACUGGAUACGGGCCGUUGGCUUUGCCAGCUGAGACACCACUGGGAAUUUGCCUGCCCUUCCCGGGAACGUGCCCUCCUCGGGGCAGGAGCAUGGAGGGAGAAGCGCCUUCUGGGCUGCGGACGGCCACCUUUCAGCGUCCGAUGACAUUCAGAGACGUGGCCGUGGACUUCUCGUCGGAGGAGUGGAGCCGACUGACCUCUGCUCAGAGGGAGCUGUACAGAGAGGUGACGCUGGAGACCUACGAGAACCUGGUGUCUGUGGGGCUUUCCAUUCCCAAACCAGACGUCAUUUCCCAGUUGGAGAAAGAAGUGCCGUGGAUACCUGAGGGAGAAUUCCCAAAUGGCCCUUCCCCAGAUUCCUUUAAUCAGGAGACUAGCUAUGAAAACAAGAUGACAAUUCUGACUGAGGACAUUUGCCUGGAAGCAUUGGCCAAGGAGAGAGGGCCACAGGACAAUCCCUGGUAUCUCAACAUAAGAGACUCUGAGGGAUGUGAGGUCAACUUUGAGAGCCAGAAGGGUCCCUACAAGGGAGAGUCCCAGGAGUUAACAGCCACUCACAGAGGAACAUUUUGUAAGGCAAAUGUCCUUGACUGUAAUUCCUUUGUGAGACAUUUUAGUCUGGGGCUCAAUUUUUUUCCACAAUGGAGAGCUGCUAUUGGAAAAAGUCUUCAUAAAUAUAAUACUCUUGGAAAGAAUUUCAGACAGUUUUCUGACAGAAUUCAGCGUAAUGCAGUUACCUCAGGGAAGAAACUUGAUACGCAUAAUUCAGACAGGAAAACUUCCAGUUACCAUUCAGACCUCAUCAAAUGUCAUAGAGUGUGUGCUAGUGAAAACCUGUAUGAAUAUGACAACUGUGGAAAAGCCUUUGAUAAAAGAGCAAAUGUUACUGAACUUCAGACUAGAGAGAAACUCUUUGAAUGUGAUGAAUGUGGGAAAGGCUUCAGAAGAAAGCACUACCUUAAAAGCCAUCAGAGAACUCACACUGGAAUGAAACCCUUUGAGUGUAAUGAAUGUGGGAAAGCCUUUAAUGACAGUCGGAACCUAAUUAGACAUCAGAAAAUUCAUACUGGAGUGAAACCCUUUGAAUGUAAUGAAUGUGGGAAAGCCUUCAAUGAGAGGCAAUCCCUUAUUAGACAUGAGAGAACACAUUCAGGAGUGAAACCCUUUAAAUGUAACGAGUGUGAAAAAGUCUUCGGCUGGAGGGAAAAUCUAGUUAGCCAUCAAGGAACGCAUACUGGGAUCAAACCCUUUGAAUGUAACGAAUGUGGGAAAGGUUUCAGACGGAAGCAUUACCUUAAAAGCCAUCAGAGAACUCACAUUGGAGUAAAGCCUUUUGAAUGUAGUGAAUGUGGAAAAGCCUUCAAUGAUAGUCGCAACCUUAUUAGACAUCAGAAAAUUCAUACUGGAGUGAAGCCAUAUGAAUGCAAUGUGUGUGGGAAAGCCUUCAAUGAGAGGCAGACCCUGAUUAGACAUGAGAGAACUCAUACUGGUGUGAAACCUUUUGAAUGUAAUGAAUGUGAAAAGGCUUUUAUGCGGAAGGAUUGUCUUAAAAGCCAUCAGAGAACUCAUACUGGAGUGAAACCCUUUGAAUGUAAUGAAUGUGGGAAAGCCUUCAGUCAAAAGGGACACUUUAUUAUCCAUCAGAGAACUCACACUGGAGUAAAACCCUUUAAAUGUAGUGAAUGUGGCAAAGCCUUCAAUGACAGGCAGUCCCUUAUCAGACAUCAGAGAACCCAUACUGGAGUGAAACCCUUCAAGUGCAAUGACUGUGGGAAAGCCUUUAAUGACAGGCAGAAUCUCAUUAGACAUCUGAGGACUCACACUGGAGUGAAACCUUUUGAAUGUAAUGAAUGUGGAAGAGCUUUCAAUGACAGGCAGAACCUUAUUAGACAUCAGAGAAUUCAUACUGGGGGGAAGCCCUUUGAAUGUAACGAAUGUGGGAAAGCCUUCAGUGCUAGUCAGAACCUUAUAAGACAUCAGAGAAUUCAUACUGUAGGGAAACCAUUUGAAUGCAAUGAAUGUGGCAAAACCUUCAGUCAGAAAGGACACCUUAUCAGUCAUCAGACAAUUCAUACUGGAGCAAGAGCCUUUGAAUGUAAUGAAUGUGGGAAGGCCUUUAGCCAGAGAGGAAGCCUCAAUAGACAUCAGAGAACUCAUACUGGAAUAUAGCCCUUUGAAUAGAAGGGAUCUGGAAAAGUCUCAGGCUUAAGGAAUACCUUAAAAGCCUUCAGCACUCACAUUGAAGUGAGAUCUGUUUAAUGUAGAGGUGUCGUCAACCACCUGGGAGGCCUUAUUAUUAGAAAAUCUUGUAGUGCAGUGAAACCCUGGCAUGCAAAUUGUGUAGGAAAUUGCCCUAAGACCAUUAUUGGACGUCAUCCAAUCCCUACUGCUGAAGUGAAUGUACUAAGAGUGAGGAAGCCAUCAGGGAGAGGUUGUAGUCAUAGGGAGUACGUGUGCCAGAGCAGAACAUGCAGAGGAUGGAAAAAAAAUCAGAUCCUGGAGAGUCCUCAUGGGCCAUCUAAGAAUGCAAACCGAGAGAAUGCCUUUUAAAAUCCAGUGAAUGGGGAAGCUUUCAAUAGAAAGUGUCGUGAACAGAAACUCAGGCUGCAGGAAAGCUCUUUAAUAUAACAGCUGAUAGAGAGCCCUGCUCAAAACCCAUUGAAUCAAUACAAAUAAGCACCUCCUCAAUGAAGCCUCAGAUGCUUAUUAGCUAUGUGACCCCGGGCAAAUCACUUAAGCCUGUUUGCCUUAAUAUUUCUGCCAAGAAAACCCAAAUGGGGUCAUGAAGAGUUGGACAUGACUGAAACAACUGAACAGCUAAUUGUCUUUGACUAGGGUUUUCAUCGGUUUUCCUUGGAUGACACGUUGGUGGAAGCACCUAUAUGAUGGGGCUCUAUGCAAAGUGUUACUAGUUCAAAAACUCAGAACUGAACCCCAGUGAACCCAAAUGGCAGAAGUUGGAACUGUGUAAUGCAGUCAAAGUGCUGGGACCUAAGUGCUAAGUGACAGCUACUGAAGGCAUUGUUCUCUUUCACUAUAAAAGCACUAAAUGAUACUGGGGAGAGGGGGGUUAAUACUUUGAUCGAGAGAACUCUAAAUUGAGGCAAGUAUCCUAAUAGCCCCAAAGAACAGCUGAUGUUGCUGAUGGAAAGCUGAGUUUUGUGCUCAGUGUCCUUAAAUGUGCAACCAGCUUUCAAAGCACCAUCAUAAGUCUUUGGAACUUUUGUGUAUAGACUUUUUUCUUUCUGAAAGGAGGUAGAAAAAAAAUGUAUUCAAAUAGUGACAGGUCAUCAUCCAGGUCACCAGGUUGUUCAACUGUUAUGGAAGCAUAAGCUAUACAUGUUGAAUGUUUUUCUAGAGAGCAAGCACUAUUGCCGGUAGGCAAACAAAGCACACUCGUUGGUGAGAAAGAUUAAUGAUAGAAAUUCAGCUAAAUGAGCUCCAAGAAGAGCCCAUCUGCCAUGCGGUGAUAGUCCCUUGGAAUAAAAUGAAUAUAAUGAUGAUGAUGGAACUUAGGAAGGACAAUAUGUAUUUGUAACUGCAUAUGGGUGGGAAAGGAAACUUCUUUCCAAGGGGAGAUGGAGGUGCUGAACGUAGUUUAAUUCCUUCUUGCCUUAUACUUGAACUAGAUGGAUUCUGUGAAUCAGAGAGGUAGGUAAUAUGGUGCUAGAUUAAAAGUAUGGAGACCCAGACUCUAAUCAUGUCACCAGUUAUCACAAGGGUGACCUUGUUGGGAUUUCCUUUCAUCAAAUGUAAAAAAAGGAGUGGGUGGUGGUCCAUGUUCUUACAUGUUCUCUUGAGGUCCCUUCCAGCGUUUGAGCUAUGUUCAUGUGAAAAUUCAGCCAGUAUCAAGCUAAGUGUAUUUUCUAGCAGUGAGAGAAGUGCUUCCACAUUUAACCAGAAGGCCCCCAUUGUGGGAAUGAAUGUAACCGUUGCUUUGUAUCAACAGGCAUUUAAGUGCCUACCACUUGCUACUCGAUUACUCACCGAGCUAGCAGUAUAGCUAGAUCCUGAUUAGUGCAAAUAGUGAAUCCCAUGUAGUCAUCACACGCCUCAGAUUCACACUAUUAAAAGAUAUGUAUCAAAUGUAUUAAUUGGUUCCAACCCAAUGGAAAUAUGCAAUGAAAAAAUUUUUAAUUAGUUUUGAUCUUUUUAUUAAUAUAAUAUAGCAAGGAAAAACAUUUUGGAUUCUUUUAUUAUAAAGUAGUAGGUUGUGGGAAAUAAAUUUUAAAUUUUACUAAGUAUACCUAAAGGCAAGCUUAUGCUCAGGAUAUGACAAAAUGUCAUUUUAAAAAUAUUUUGCUCACAUAGAUCUACCUUCUCUUUAACUUUUCAUACGUAUGCUUAUAAAUGCAAAGAGCUUUUUCCACAUCUCAUUUGGAGAAUGUGCAUGCUUGCUUUUUCACAUAAUGAACAACAAAUGGAGUUGAUAACUUGGGGCAUUAUCUGAAAAUCACUACUGUUUUAAAUGAAAUGGUGUGAUCCCGCAUAGGCCCGCCUAACUUCACAAACAGUCUUUGGAAACAGCUGUAGUCACCCAGGAUUUCUUAUUUCACUGGCAAUGAACUGGAAGCCUCUUGCAGCACAAGGAUUGGCUUUGAUUAUAAGUCCCUAUCUUCAUCACCGCUCAACAAAAGUGUUUGGUGAUCCUUAGAUACUUUUAAUCUUAAGGUUUUUUCCGUGUCUUGGAAAAAUACCCAUAUUCUUUUCCAGAGUAAGCCUGUUUCAUCCACAUUAAUAUGUUGUAGAUCAGUGCAAACGACACCUUCAAUGAUUUUCUUCAGAACACCAGAAUUUUUAGCUUCAGCAUCCUUGUCUGCACUGGCCACCACUCUAAUCAUUUAACACUGAGUUGAACUUAUUAAAAGAGCACUCCGAUUGGAACUUGCAGUAAAAAGUUUCUUUGGCCAAUUUCACUUUCUGUCACUGUCUCAAAAAGGCUUUGAUCUGAAAGGCUGCUCUGCUGAGGAUGUGCUUUUUAUUGUAGUCUUCAUACAGCCAGAAUGAAAUCCAUGUCUAUCCCUCCAGCAGUUAUGCAGUUAUCAAGAAUUUUUUAAAACCCAUAAAAUCUUGACCUUUUUAAUUUCAUUUACUAUUUUCUUUCAUUUCAUGUAUGUAUGCUUUAUUAUCUGCAUCUUAUUUAGACUUAACUAUGACUGUUCAUUGCUAUUCAGUUACAUCAAAUUUUUGUUCUGUAAGAACAAGCCUCUUCAUUGUGUGGUUACAUUGCUUCCAUCUGAAGUAUUCUCACUUUUGCCCAUUUUGUUAAAAGCUUUUUAAAAUAGAAAAUCAGUGCAACUGUUGGUAAUAUGAUUUGCAGCAGCACAUAUCCCCACACAACGUUAGGAAAAUGCAGACUGCCUGCUAAAAUUCCUUGACAAGCUCAUGUGUCGUGUGUGUUGAAUUUUGAUCCACUAAAUGCAGUUGGUAUUUUGCAAUUUGUAUCAUAAUCAAAUUUUACAUUAUUUGAGGUUGCUUCAAUCAUAACCUACCAAGCUGCUCAUCAGAAAAGUAAACAGAUGAAGAAAUAGUUCUUUGUGGGAUAUAAAUUUUAUCAGACAUAAUGAGCUCAUAGAAUUAAGUUUUACCAGUUGUCCAAAGAUAAUUGGUCAAAAGGGAAGGAAACGAUCUUUGCGCCAGAUUUCCUGAGUAAGAGUUUGGUAUCCAAGACAAGAGAAAUCUAUAAAACCAAAAGAGCCUUCCUUCAAAAAGUUGAUCAUAAUGCACUGACUGAUCCUCCUAAGAUAACAAAAGCAAAUCAAAAGAAUCCUGAAGUUUCCCUUGGGGCAGUUUGGUAGUACAACCCAUAUACUGUAUGGACCUCACAUAAUUUACUAGCUGUAUCACUCCAGAGAAAUCACACUGCUUCCAUUUUCUUAUCUGCAAAGUAAGAAUGGUAAUAGCACUUGCCUCCCAGUGUUUUGAAAAUAAAAUUAAGAAUAUUUGCAAACAAAUUUAACCAAACUCCAAUGCUUUAUAGAGCAACUGUUUGAUUUAAGACAGUAGUCACUAUUCUGUGGCAGGAACACAAAAGUCUCAGCUUCUAGGAGUCUCAUUGUAAGAAUUGGAUGGGAAUUUAAUUUCCACAAUUACAAAAAUUGAAUUGGACAAGAGAAAUGAAACAAAUUAGAAAAUUGAAAUUUAAGAUAUAGGAGGCUGGGACCUAGAACAAGAUGUAAUUGGAGAUGGGGGGGUUAGAUUUGAAAAAUUCUCUGGACUUUGCUCCCUUCCCUCCUUCCUCGAUUUGUCAUUUUCCAAGAAUGUAAGCUCUUUGAGGGCAAGGGCUGGCUUUCUUUUUGCAUUUGUGUUCCCAGGGUUGGUUUGACAACAUGCUUGGCUGGCUGGCUGGUUGGGAAUUGGGAGGGACUUGUUCUCAGGAUAAGAAAUAAAAAUGCCUUUGCAAUUUCAAAUAUGUGUUUACUGGCUAGGCACAUGCUCUUGCAAGAAUGUAAAAUAAAUGAAAUCCUUCCAGGAUUGAUCAGUGA